AACGUCGGAAAGGCGUUAGACGAAAGUGAGAAGCGCGUCUAGUUCCCGUCAGAGCAAUAAGGGGCGGGUUGGGGCCACGCCUGCGCAGUGGGAGAAUAGGAGGGCUGUGCGCAUGCGCCUUGGCUCCGUGUGGUGUCGGGGCGGUGCGGCCUGCUGUGCAGCGGCGGUGGUGAGGUACCACUUGGGAGCCGCCGGGCUGUGGGGAGCGGAAGGCGAGCAUCAUGAGCUCGGACGGGAACGACGAGUUCUAUCAGCAGUUGCGGCUCCAGGAACUCUAUGGGAAAAAGGAAGCUGAAGGGAGAAGCGAUGCCUUCACUUACAAGGACCCGGCCGACGGGACCGAGUACGAGUGGGACAGCAGCAAGAAGGCCUGGUUCCCUAAGGUGACUGAAGACUUUCUGGCAACAUAUCAUGCUAACUAUGGCUUUCCGACUGACAGUUCAGAUAAUUCAUCUGCAUCUGUUACAAAGACUGAUAUUAAACCAUCUGUGGAUUCAAAGAUGGCUGGAGUCCAACAGCCAGUAGAACAAAAAGUGUCACAACAGACAGAACCUAAGCAAAAAGGAGAGAAAAGAAAACCUGAAGCAGGAUGGUUUCAUGUUGAAGAACAGAAAAAUACAAAUAUAUAUGUAACGGGUUUACCACCCGACAUUACAAAAGAUGAAUUUGUUCAGGUUAUGUCAAAAUGUGGAAUCGUUAUGCGUGAUCCUCACACAGAUGAACCGAAAAUUAAGCUUUACAAGGACAGAGAGGGAAAUCUUAAAGGAGAUGGGCUCUGUUGUUACCUAAAGAGAGAGUCUGUUGAACUUGCCCUGAAACUUCUGGAUGAAAAUGAGAUUAGAGGCUACAAAUUGCAUGUGGAAGUUGCACAGUUUCAGCUCAAGGGGGAGUAUGAUGCCAGCAAAAAGAAGAAGAAAUGCAAAGACUACAAGAAGAAGCUGUCUCAACAACAAAAACAGCUGGAUUGGAGGCCAGAGAAGAAGCCUGGUGAGGUUAGGAUGCGGCAUGAGCGUGUUAUCAUUAUCAGAAACAUGUUCCAUCCAAAAGAUUUUGAGGAGGACCCCUUAGUUUUGAAUGAGAUUAGAGAAGACCUUCGGUCAGAAUGUGAAAAGUUUGGGCAAGUAAAGAAAGUCAUCAUAUUUGAUAGGCACCCAGAUGGUGUUGCAUCUGUGUCUUUUAAAGAGAUGGAAGAAGCUGAUGUGUGUAAACAGGCACUCCAUGGGCGAUGGUUUGGUGGACGUCAGCUGUGUGUUGAAGCGUGGGAUGGAGUAACAGAUUACCAAGUUGAAGAGACUGCAAGAGAAAGGGAAGAGAGACUGAAGGGCUGGGAAACAUUUUUAGUUCAACCUAAUUCAGACAUGCCAAAAACAGCAUCGGAUGCAGAUACUUCAGAAACUGGUGUCAAACUGCCUGAAGGAGUUCAGCUGUCUGAAGAUAAUAGCGCACCAGGAGGAGGUUUGAAGACUGAAGCAACUGAGAGAGAAGAUAAUGAAGAAGGAGCUAAUGAUAAUGUCACAGCAUCCACAGACAGCAGCAUUGCUGGCAGUGAUGAGGAAGCGGAGACAUAAUGUUAUCGACUCAUUUGUAAAAGCAUGUCUUUAGGGUAAUUUUUAGACCUCUGUUAUCCUGUGCUUCAGAGCAACUGCAGGCAGCAUUCAAAUCAAUGCAUAUAUUUCCUUAUUAGGAUGUCAUCCAUGUGUGCUUUUGAGAUAUUUCAUUAAAAGCAGUAUUUAAUGAGAGUCUUGGAAAAAAAAACCAGUCUGGCUGCCAUUCAAGCUGCGUGCAUCAUAAGUUGCCAACAGUGCUGUUGAACUGACCAGCCACCUUAUGUUGUAUCUUUGCUUGUCAGUGUUCAAAAUCCAUCUUUGUGAGUAAGUACAAACUUGCAGUUCCCAUUAAUUACACCCAGACCUUUAGAAAUACAGAAGUAUGAAUGCUUUUCAAUGCUUGCUUUUAAUUCCCCAUCCUUUUAAUCCAAACCUGGUAAUGUUCCUGAAUGGUAUAAAGCCUUUACCAAUCCUGGGGUCAACUAGUACAUGCUCAUGUCCGCUGGUUUUCCUGACAGUAGUCACUUAAGAAUUAAUAAAGUCAUUGAAAAUGCAUUGCUAACACUGAGAGGAAGGGAAAGAAGAAGAUCAUAUUGCAGUUAAAGAUCCAUGAAACAUUUUAUUCUAUAUAUAAAGAAUCUUAUUGUUCAGAUCCUGUUAAUUUGCUCAGCCAUGAGUCUAGUCUGAGGGAGGCUACAAUGACAAAUGAAAAUAUAUGUACAUAAGAUUAAUCUUUUUUUAAAAAAACCCUUUGAAUUCAUCAUAUUGGAAAUGCACAGGGAGCUUGUGUGUUGGAAGUGUGAUUUUUUUUUUCUUUUUUGUAUUGCUGUGUUCAAAUGUAGCUAGGUUUCAGACACUUACCAGGAUGAUAGUGUACGAGGCCUGUUCUUUUUAUAUGUGAAUUGACUACGGGAAACUUCAAAUAAAAUUGAGACUGAUUCCCAACAUGGUUGCACAGAUUUCUAAAUUUCUGGAAUGUGCUGUUUUCUAGAUACUAGCCAUUCAGUCAAAGCAAGUUUAAGUAGUCCAAGAAUUUCACAAUGUUAUGUCUGAAACUAUUCAAAGCCUUUAACUAGACAUCUCAAUCUCUGCCUCUUUUCUUUAAAAGUAUCUAUACACAGGAAGAAACUAGGUGUGUACCUUGGGUGAGAAAUGGGCCACUUUCAUAUUUUUGUACAAUAAACUUAGAAGCAUUUAAUUUAUCUGUUUGUAUUUGGAAUUCAUAAUUAUGUUAAUAGAUUUUUGAAAAUAAUUUGCAUCAAUUUGAACUGCUUGGUUAUGAGAAUUUGUUAUUGCAUACAUGAAAACUAGAAAGUUGAGUCUAAACUGAUCAGUAUAAUAUCGGGAUUAUUUUAUAAUAGUUUGUGUUUGCCCAGAUAACCAAUUGCACACACAUCUCUAUUGAAGGUAUAGCCGAAGAUUUGACAAAUAUUGAAUGUAAAAGCCUGUACAGGAUUUUCUCAGACUGUUUUGCAUCCUUGGACGUAGUAGAUGAAAUGACAGCAGAUGAGAAUUUAAGCAGAAAUAUUUUUGUGUAAGUUUAGCUGUGCUAGAUUUUAUUAAGUUUACUAGUGUGACAGUUCAUUUUAAAUAAAAUAUUUCUGGAACUUAAA